AUGGGAAGAACUUUCAGUUACAGUUUAAGUUCUUCGUCCGCUAGCAUCCGUAGUGGAUGUCGAGAAGCUGAUGAAGAGUACGGCAUUCCAGCGAGUUUAUGUUACUAUGGUGGACGAGUCGUUGUCCAGACUUCUCGGACUGAUCUAAACCUUGGAAGGAGGUUCUUCAAUUGCAAGAACAGUGAGGAAGGAGGUGUUCAUGCUUGGAAUUGGUUUGAUGAUGCCGUUCUGGAGAAAUUCAACAUCGUCAAAGUCCGAUUAGUUGAGGCAGAUGAUAAGAUUCGGAACAUGAGAAUUUUUGGGGGGACUCUUCAUAAUACUGAAUUCCUUGCCAUGAAGGAGCGCCUAGUGGAGUAUGAAGCAAAGCUGAAAGAGUUGGAGUUGCUUGCCAAGCGAGGUGUGAAUGAGGGGAUACUUAAGUUUGCGAUUGAUGGAGGACUUAUUGGGUUGGCAGUCAUAUCCACUGCAAUUCUCCGUCUCUUUAAGUAA